AUCCUGACUCUGAAAUUAAACCAUAACUAAUUCUUAUCUCCAAUAUAAAUGACUGUGUGGUUAUUAUUUUGUUUAAAAAUUUUUGCGAACAUAUCAUAUCACGAGGUGUCUUUCACUCAACCUCCCCCCACGUCUACAUUGGUACGCCCUAAACCAGAUAAACUCUUGGAAAACGCAACUGUAUUGGAAAUGAGAAACUGGCGUCCAUUUUGGCUCUGGAAGGGCCGCCUAUGGUUACAACACUCAUGAUAUUGAGAUCCAAUAUGGCGUCCAUGAGGCUACAGUUUCAGUUAGGAGGGAUUAAAGGGCGGGGCGGGUGUUUGCUUGGCUCCGAGUAAUGAAUGAAGACGUGGUUGCUCCACUUACUGGCAAUACUAGGGAUUAGCAGCGGGAUAAAGAGCCAAAAUAAUGGGGGAUCCAGAAGUGGGGCGAGAAUCGAUUUGUUUAUUCAAAUCUGAAAAAAGAGGCGAUUUCCUUCACCAGGUAACAGUAACAGAUAUCCUGCUAAACGCAGGUAAACAACAAUGGUCGAUGAUGUGUGCUUUAUUGUGAUCUGAUGGCGACUGAAUGCACCCAAGAAGCGGUUUUAUGUUUUCUAACGGAGAGAGGAGGGAGAGUGAAGAAGGCGGAUUUCAUAAACCACUUCCGAUCCUCCAUCCCCACCGAGCCCGAGAGGAAAGCCGCCGCUGAAGAGGCGUUUAGGAGCUGCGUGGACAGCGUCGCGCUGGUGAAAGCGGAGAACGGAGAGAAGUACGUCUGUCUGAGGAAAAGGUUCAGGGGCUCGGUGAAACGGGAGGAUGGCCAUCACGGACCGGACAGCGCCGCCGUCCUGGAAACGAGCCUCAGCGCUGCUGCUGCUGCUGCUGUUACCCAUGACAACCGCAGGGACGCGCCUGUCAUACCAGGCGAGUCUCAGAGCCGCGCGCUCAACACCACCGUCCCGUCAGAGAACAAAGAUGCAAAACAAGAAAUACCGCCUGCCUCGGUCUGCGCCGGCGCAGGUGCGCGCACACCUCCGAAUAUUUCACAAACCAGUCCGGAUGGAUCAGCUGCACGCGCUUGCACUCAAUCAGUCGCGCACGAAUCUGAGGAUAAAACAGAAAUGGGGAAUCACAACACCAGGAACGCGGGCGCUGGGAGCCACAGCAGGUCUGUUCGGAGAUCUGAUGAAACUCCGCGUGAUGCGCAAUCUCCGGGAAAACGUGUCCCAGAGGUCGCCGUGACUGAACCGUCUCACCAACCGGCGACUGACGGAAGUAAGUUCUUCCAUCUUCCUUGUUUACCGACGCAUGCCGGAGCCCUGAGCCAGCCCAGAGCUGAUCAGAGUCACACAGACGGAGCAGAGGGCGAGUCUGCACCGAAAGCACGCGAGGAGGACACGGCAGGAGCAGGGAGUGGAUCCCGGCUGCUCAGUCUGGGCUCGUGCGAGGGAGGAGCGGAUGAGGGAGGACGCUCGGACUCUGCGAGCAACACCCCCAAAGGGAGUCGGAAGAGUUUUAUCGAGCACAUGAUGAGCAGCUCGCCGCAGGUACGACGCAGCAUGGUGCUCAGGCACAGCCGACACGCAGCCAAGAGCGACGGCGACUCGUCGUCGGUAAACUCCGCGCACGCUGAAGAAGAGAGCGCCGCCGCGACGCUGGACCCCUUGGAGCACGAGUGGAUGAUGUGCGCCUGCGACGGUGACUGGGACACCCUGCGUCGGCUGCUGAACACCGACCCCAGCCUCGUUUCCAAGAAGGACUUCGUGACCGGCUUCACGUGCCUGCACUGGGCCGCCAAGCUGGGAAAGCACGAGCUGCUCGCCCAGAUAGUGACCUUCGCGCGGCAGCGCGGCGUAGCGCUCGACGUGAACGCGCGCUCGAGCGCCGGCUACACGCCCCUCCACCUGGCCGCCAUGCACAACCACAUUGAGGUGAUCAAGCUGCUGGUGGGCGCGUGCGACGCCGACGUGGAGGCGCGCGAUUACAGCGGCAAGAAGGCGAACCAGUACUUGCGCGGCGACGUCGCGCGAGACGUCCUCGACAUAGCGGGCGCCGACGCUGCCUGCGACCCCGAGAGCGAGGAGCUCGCGCUCGGAGACGAGGGCGCUCGGUGGAAGCUUCCCCGAGUUCUCCAAGCCAACCUGAGGCUGCUGAACCGCAGCGCGAGCGAGGACGACGACCGUGACUGUGUCGGGGGGCUCGCGAGGGAAAGGCCACUUCGCCGGAAAUCGUCAUUUAACAAGCUGAAGCCCAGGCUGAGCAAGGUGCGCGCGGGGAUCACGCCGAUCGUUCACAGCACUUCUCACUUUGAGCGGCUCGAGGGAGCCACGGGUCAGACUUCCGGUCCGGUUAGAACCAGACCCAAGUCAAACCUAUUUGGGUGAUUCUGCAUGUGCGGCCGAGACUUUGCAGUGGCUCAUGUGGGCUGAUAGAAAACGGAGUUAUGCAACAGUACAAAUGUUCAAGCCAGUUCUUUUUCCCAGAAAUUCCAUGAAAUUCUGAAGACUGAUGAUUUGGAAAUGACUUCACACUGCCGUGGAAAAGCAGCUCACUUGGUUCCUGUGUAAAUGUGCUCAGUUGCACUCUGUGUAAUGAUUUCAUUCAUCUGUAAAAAUGUUUGUCGAAAUGUGGUUUAGAAGUUUCAUCCUGAACACUUACUUUGAAAUUUAGACGAAUAUAAAUGUUUAGGGCCUUUCCCAUGAGAGCUGUUUGGACUCGAUGUCUGUUCUGUUAAAAACCUAAUUUGAGGUUGUGUAUGUCUUAGAAGUUGUCUUUUGUAAUUUUUUUUAAGAACCUGAUAUCAUGCAAAAUUUGUAAGAAUUCUAACGAUUUUGUUAAUGUUGUUAAUUUUCAUACAGAUGAAUACAAAGCUAAACCUGCUAACGCCAAACUGUAUACUAACGAAUUUUUAACUGAGAUUAUGUUGUAAAUCCAUGAGUGUGUAAAUCUUUCCUGACAGAUUUUAUACAGUUUAUAGAUUUGUUUUUUUAUGUCAUAUUUUUACCGCACCCUUUCCCCUUACUGUAAUCCAAUACUUUCAUAUAGAAGUGAGCACAUUUGUGCAUGCUUUUGUACCGAAUAUGUCCUGAUAUGGUGGUAUUGUACCUUAAUCAUAUAUCACGAUAAAAGAAACUGGUUUUAAAGUCCUGGUGUUAACUGGGACGUUUGGUUCUCACCAUUAAAGGAAUACUCCAUUGUAUUUUAACCUAAUGUUUAUUCAGCAUAUUUGUAUGUUUGAUUCCUAUAGACGAGAAUUUCAACACGGUUAAAUUUAGUGAGAAAUGAACACAAAACCUGCUUCAAACUGACUUAUAAUGGUAUUCUAAAGGCAGCUGUUGGGGCAGACAAUAAACAUUUAGAAAUACACACACAGAAUGGAACGAAGAAGCCAGACGUGAGGCUAAGGCUGAUUUCUUUCUAGCUCAGACUGUAGACUCAUGCAGCCUAUCAGACUACAGUUUCAUUGUCGAGCUUUUGAUAGAUAUUAGAUUUCAGCCCUUGCAUCUAAUAUCACCACCAGCCUUCACUGCUCACUUCACACCAGGUUUCAUGGUCAUUUUCCCUUUAUCUACGUAUAUUCAAGUGCAGUUUAUGUCUCAACAAACAUAUAUUUAAUCAUGUAAUGUUAGUAUUUGUAGAGAGUAGAGUUUUAUAUCAUUCCUGUUACUUGGUUUGGACAAAGCCAGUUAGAUACACAACAUUUGUUUAAUUUUCUCUAGUGAGUAUUAGUAAAAUAGGUUAGUAUUACAAAUAGGUUUUGUCUGUAUGUUUAUUUGAAAUUAAAUUAAAUUGGUGGUUUAUUUGCUUAGCGAGAAGCCUGUUACAAUUAAGCGUGUAAGAUCGGACAGUUUGUGUUGAAUGAAUCGAGGCAACAAUCAUAAAUCAAUUAUUAGCAAUUAUAAUUGAUUAUUAUUUCAAAAGAUAAAAAGUAAUGAAUAUAUUUACACCUAUGUGUAAAUCAUUUAUUUGGCUACCAAGCUGAUUUGCCUGUAACUCUGAUACUUAAUAAUAAUAGUCCUUUUCUAUCAUCAUUCCCAAAAUAACAGUAAUUCUACCCCAGAUUCUGAACAAAGUUGGUAACAUAUCGGUCAGAGGAUACUAAAUCAUAUCGAAUUGUAUCGUAGCAGAUUCAGUGGUAUCACAAAAUAUCGAAUUGUUGCCUUAAGAAUCAAAAUCACAUCGUAUCAUGUGGAAGUCUGAGGUUUACGAGUGUUUUUAAGCUUCGUUUAAUUAUGUUUCACUCAUAGUUAGCUACCGUUUAACACAUUUACCAACUAAUAUAUGUAUCUAGUACAUUAAGUGAACUAUGUUUUUGCGUAAACUGAGGCACUGUAGCAUUUUACUUUUAUACAGAGAAAAGAAAGAAUCUUCAAUUCUUCAACAUCUCUGAAAUCACCAAUGCAGACGUGUUGCGAUUCUUGUCCGUGGCAGUGUUAUAUUACUGGAGUAUUAUUUUUAAUGGAAUGAGAUAUGUUGUAAUAAACACAAGUCAAUUUAAUAUCCAGGUGAUGAUUUCAGGGCUUCUAUUUGGCAUCAAGUUUGGAUAUCAAGUUUCCUUCAGGAUAAAAAAACACUAUGUUUUCUACUACAGAUGUGUGGCUUACGGUACAAUGCUGCGUUAUGAAAGGGCUAAGCCUUUGUAUUCGUUUAUUCUGGUUUAAACAGAUGGUUUAAAGUAAUUCAGUGCAUAGUAUGAUUCAACUAAUCAACACAAUUUUAACUUCCAUUUUUACAGUGUGUUUACAGCUCCACUGCAAUGACUCAUGAUUAACUAAAAGCUUUAUGGAAAAAUAAAGGAUUUCUAUUCUGAUGUUU